AAAUAUGGCCUCUGAUACGGUGAACUGUAACACACUGAAGGAGGGGUGUAUCACGCCAUUCACCGUUUGUUUAAUACACGCCUCUGUAAACAUUUAGCUACUUAACCUGUUAUAUCGGAUUUAUCAGGUAAAUUAAGCUAUAGAAAUAAGCCCUUCACGAAUUGAGUGUUUUGAUCACAGCUGGGGAUUUCGUCUAUAGCUACUUGGAUACGGAAAUAUAAGAAUGGUGGUGUUAUCCAAAGAUUAUGGAUAUGUGGCUAUCACUGGUUUUGCCAGUAUGAUCAUGAUUGGUCACCUUGCCUUAAAAGUUGGUAAAGCACGCAAGAAGUACAACGUUUGCUAUCCUCAGAUGUACAGUGACGACCCAGAGACUGGAAACAUCUUCAACUGUAUCCAACGGGCACACCAAAACACUCUGGAGUCGUACCCUACCUUCCUUUUCUGCCUCGCCGUGGGUGGGCUACAUAAUCCUCGGCUGGUCAGUGGUCUUGGGAUGGUAUGGGUUAUAAGCAGGGAGAUCUAUGCACAUGGGUACUCCACUGGAGAUCCCAAGAAAAGGAUGAGAGGCUCGUUUGGUAACCUGGCUCUGUUGGGCAUGAUGCUGACCACACUCAACUUUGGCAGAACCCUCUUGGGCUGGAGUGGGCCAAGGAGAUUCCCUGGGAGAUUCCCUGGGAUGAGGGGCGCUCCUUUACCCUCUGUGGCUUGAAGGUCCCAACUCAGAGAGAGUUCUACUGUCACUACAAGACAGGAGUGUUUUUUAUGUAUUGUUUUGUUGCCAUUGGUCCAUAUUUGGACUCCAGAAGGUCCAAAUAUGGAAAAACUGACUAUUGCAGUGUAAUCUUUAUUUAAGUGUCAAUAUCAAUAUACAUUUUGAUAUGAACACUUUUAAAUAAUUACAUAAUACAUUUUAAUAAUUACAUAUAAUGCCUAUAUGAAUGUACUAUAUGAAUGACAUUCCGUAUGUUACUUUGCUCUUGUUCAGUCAGCUUUCGUUCAGAAGGGGUGUGAGCUGGGUGGAGAUGCAGCCUGUUUGAGAGGGUGUGCAGGGAGACAUGGUUGUGUUCUGUGAGGGGUGUGGCUGUCCUCACUAAUCCAAGCUGCAUUGUCCAAAGUCCACUUUCACUUGUUUAAACACAUUCUGUGCAGGCAGUAUACAUAUAUACAAAAGAUAUUAAUCCAGCUACCUUUGAACAGACAUGAAUCAAAUGUGUGUUUUUCUUAACACAGGCUCAGUAGGAGGUUCAGUGCACAGAUGGAUUCUGGUUCAUUUUUGAUUCACCUUUCCAUAUUGCGUUUAUUCACAAACACAAUAAACAAACAGAUACAGAUCA